UUAAACCCCUACCCCAGUGGCCUGGCUAAAAGACCUGAUAAACUGAUAACACGGAUUUUACACAUAGUUUUCUAAAAAUCCUCAAGAACAUUGAAAUCCAGAAAUUGAAUACAAAAUCAGAAACUAUUCAACUUUUAUAAACUCCACAAGAAAAUGAGUGUCAAAACGUUGUGGAAGGAAUCAGCGAGUAUGAUAGUACUAGCGAAGAAUGGAACCAAGAACAAAACAUUCAAUUAUGAUGUUCUGAUGUUCAAACGCUCUAAAAAAACUUCUUUAAUGCCAAAUCAUGUGGUUUUUCCAGGAGGUGUUAAAGAAUCUCUGGACGAGUCCACUAAUUGGAUAAAACAUUUGAACAAAAUAGGAAUUCAAGAGAAAUGUUUGAAAGAUCUUACUCUUGUUCAUGGACAACGACCUGGAAUUUUCACAAAAACCUCACCUAAUUCUAUUGAGAAGGAAAUUGCAUUGCGUAUCACUGCUAUUCGAGAAACAUUUGAAGAAGUUGGUUUGUUCCUGUGUCGAGGAAAAGAUAGCUUUAGCAAAGAAAGACAAUACGGGGUAUUUAAAGAAGAUUUUGAUCGAAAACAUUGGCAGCAAGAAGUACAUAAUAAUCCGUCAAAGUUUUUAGAAAUGUGCGAAGAAUUAAAUGUAUUUCCAGAUCUGUGGAGUUUAUACGAAUGGUCUGUUUGGUUGACUCCGGCAUCAGACAAAAAAAGAUUUCAAACAGCAUUUUUCUUAGUGACCCUUAACGAAAAACCCAAUUUGAUCAGUGAAGAACACGAAGUGACUGAAAUAUUGUGGAAAUCCCCAACAGAAUAUUUUGAACGCAACGCAGAAGUAUCGUUACAACCGCCACAAGUUUAUGAACUUUCGCGUCUGGCUAACUUGAGUGAAAUUGAAAAGGUUCAAAAAUUUGCUUCCGAAAGAAAUUCCAAGGGAUCAACACUUUUUCUUCCAGUAAGUCACAAAUGUAAAAAUGGUUCAGUAAGGAUAUUGCCAGGAGACGAUUGUUAUCCAGAUGAUCCAAACAAUUGUACAGAAGUUGUACGAGUUGAUGAAAACGUAGAUACUUUUUGCUCAACUGCCAAAAGAUGUCAUCGGAUUAUUAAUUCCGGAAGUAAAGAAUCCACAGCCAUUUUAAAUUUUGAACCUUUUGAUGGUCAUUUAAGUCCUAUAAAUGUAAGAAAUAUUGUGAAUAAAAAAUAACUACUACCAAAUAAUAUGUUUAAAUAAAAACACACAUAUUUUUUGAAAGAUUUUUGCAA